CCGUGAUACCGUCGUGUGUUUUUGGGUUCUUGGGUUUGAUUCCCCUCCGUUCAUUCGUUUUUCUCUUCAUUCACUCCAGUCUUUCGUUUUGGAUCAUCUUCCCUCUGACCCUAGUCUUUCGUUAUUAUCCUUCGAGGAUCAAUUGUGGUGUCACGCUUCUCCGAAUCGUCGCAUUCAGUCUCUCGCUUUUGAUAUCAGUAUCAGUAUACUACCGCAUAUACCAACCGCAGUCUUUGCCUCAUUUCAUCCAUAUUUGUAUAUUCAAGGAUAGAACCUGUUGUAUAUUCGAAACACCCAUCCAAGCAAGAUGAAAUUCACCGCCGCAACCGCCGUGCUCGCUUUCCUGGCGGCUACCGAAGCAGCCCAGCAUGGCCACCACCAUAACCGCCGUCAUCCGCAUUCCGCCGCCGAAUGCGAGUUUCCUUCCGAUGCCGGUCUGGUCUCCGUCACGCCGAAGAUGAAGAACGCCGGCUGGGCCAUGAGUCCGGAUCAGCCGUGCAAGCCGGGCAAUUACUGUCCGUAUGCGUGCCCUCCGGGGCAGGUGUCCAUGCAGUGGGAUCCUAAGGCAACUUCGUACAGUUAUCCCAUGUCGAUGAACGGUGGACUGUACUGCGACGAGGAUGGUCAGAUCAAGAAGCCAUUUCCCAACGAGCCCUACUGCAAGGACGGCACGGGGUCCGUGGGCGUGCGCAACAAAUGCAAGGGCGGAGACGUCUCCGUCUGUCAGACCGUUUUGCCCGGGAACGAGGCCAUGUUGAUCCCCACGCUGGUGCAGGACUUGGCGACUCUUGCCGUGCCCGAUCCCUCUUACUGGUGUGAGACUGCUGCUCACUUCUAUAUCAACCCGCCUGGAUACGGCCCCGAGACCGCCUGCGUCUGGGGUACCUCGUCCAACCCGUACGGAAACUGGUCGCCCUACGUGGCCGGCGCAAAUACCAACUCGGACGGCAGCACGUUCCUCAAGAUCGGUUGGAACCCGAUCUACCUGGAGCCGGCGACGCCCUUCCGCAACGAGGUUCCCGAAUUCGGUGUCGAGAUCGAGUGCGAGGGUGGCGGGUGCAACGGCCUACCCUGCAAGAUCGAUCCCGCCGUGAACAGCGUCAACGAGAUGAUGGGUGACUCGGAGAAGGGGGCCGGAGGUGCCGCGUUUUGCGUGGUGACUGUGCCCAAAGGGGAGAAGGCCCAUAUCGUCGUGUUCGAUAAGGGUGGCAGCAGUGGUGGCAGCGACGAAUCUUCUUCCUCGUCUUCUUCGUCUUCUGUGCUGGCUUCCUCGAGCACGGUCGAAAGCACAACCAGCUUCAGCACCAGCUCUGUUGUCAGCACUACUUCCACCAGCAGCACCAGCAUCAGCACCAGCACGACCAUCAGCACCACAUCCACGACUAGCAGAACCUAUGUCCCUCCGACCACCACUUCCACUACCCCCACCCCGUCGUCGACUUCGACUUCGACCUCGACCUCGACCUCCAGCACGCCGCCGCCACCUACCUCGACCUCAACUUUCGUUCCUACCUCCACUCCCACUCCCACCUUCACCCCGUCGUCGUCCACUCGCACCCCCAGCUCCAGCUUCGUGGCCACCCACAGCCCCUCCGGCUGGGCAAGCUACACCGUCAAGCCGGCCGUCUUAGUCGAGACGCAAGCCACCGCAUACGCCGACUCAACGGAGCAGCCCACCACGACGCCCGUACCGACGAGCGCGAACGCGGAGAGCGGCGCAUCCAGCCUGAACCUGGAGAUGUCGAAGCUGGGGUUGAUCGUUGCGGUGGUCGCAGCGCUGUGGCUGUAAUGUAUUAAUUAUUGCAUGGAUCUGGGAAGACAUCAUCAUCUGCCCGACUUGAACUUUCUUCUUUGAGUGAUUUUGCCUUGGAUAUAUCUUUUCUUUCUUCGGGAUACCAUACUCGAUUUUAAUUCUUUUGACGAUUGAUGGAUUAUUCUAUUAUGAUUUUUUAUUAGCUUCUUUGUAUCAUGAUGGUGGAUAACUUCUUUUCUUCUUUCUUUUUGGCAAUAAUACUCCUUUCUUUUUUUUCUA